AUGGAUUUGCUGGCCCCGGGUACACGAGCAGCUGCUAAUUGGCGCUGCCGGUUCUAUUUCUGCUCCAGCCCUAAUGAGGUGACCCGACCGUUCCGCCUGCAGGGAUCCCAGCUGGCGAGCUCGACGGCCCAGGGCCUGGCUGCACGACCGCCCGGGGAGCAUUGUCUGCGCCCCUGGAGGGCGCCGCCUGUCCUAACGACCAGCCAGGGAGGCGCUACUGAGCUCCACGCCCCCAGGUCACCCUGGCCCGGAGACCCUACGGUCGGCGGCCAGGGGAAGCCGCCUCCUGCCCGGUCAGAGCUAAACCCCAGAGCUCAGCCGGCCCCCUGGCGCCUCGACCCCAGCCCAGCGGCGUCCUCGAUCGCCCGCCCCCUCCCCUGUUCUCCGCCCCCUCCUCUUUACCCGCACCCUGCCCGCUUCUCCGCGCAGGCCCCUCCUCGGCUCCUCUGCUCGGAACCCGCGCCCUCGUCCGCCUCCCUCCUCCUCUGCCUCCUUCUCCCCCCGCCGCCGGGUCCCCCACGGGAUCCCGGACCCCUCCUCGUCCCCGGGUGCGCCCCGCCUCCCUCGGCCGCCCCCCCCCCCCCGCCCCAUCUCUCCGCGUCCGGCCCCCAGCCCGGCCCUCCGCUCCGUCCGGCCGCCCUCGCCGUCCUCCGCGCGCUGCCCGCGGCCCCUCCUCGGUGCCCGCGGCCGCUCCGCGUACGGGGUGACGCAGCGCCGCCCGCCCGCCCGCGCCCCGCCCGCUCCGCGCCGCCGCCGCCGCCGCCGCGCCCCGGCCGGCUCCAGGGGGCCGCUAACGGUCCCGCGCCCCUCGGCGCCGCGCGCGCCCCCAGCCCGGCGGAGCAGGCGGCGCCCCGGGCGCCGGGCGCGAUGGGGGCGGCGGAGCCGCUGCGCUCCGUGCUCUGGGUGAAGCAGCAGCGCUGCGCCGUGAGCCUGGACCCCGCGCGGGCGCUGCUGCGCUGGUGGCGGAGUCCCGGGCCCGGAGCCGGGGAGCCGGGCACGGAUGCCUGCUCUGUGCCUGUCUCCGAGAUCAUCACCGUUGAGGAGACGGACAUUAACGGGAAGCAGUACACCAGCGGAAAAUGGCAGAAAAUGGAAAAGCCGUACGCGUUCACAGUGCACCGUGUGCGGAGGGCCCGGCGGCGCCGCUGGAGGUGGGCGCAGGUGACGUUCUGGUGUCCGGAGGAGCGGCUGUAUCAUCUGUGGCUGCAGACCCUGCGGGAGCUGCUGGAGGCAUUGACAUCGAGACCGAAGCACCUACUGGUGUUCAUCAACCCGCUCGGAGGGAAAGGACAGGGCAAGCGGAUCUACGAGAAGAAGGUGGCCCCGCUGUUCACACUGGCCUCCAUCACCACCGACAUUAUCGUAACUGAACGUGCCAAUCAUGCCAAGGAGAGUCUGUAUGAGCUCAACAUAGACAAGUACGACGGCAUCGUGUGCGUGGGCGGAGACGGCAUGUUCAGCGAGGUCCUGCACGGCUUGGUGGGCAGGACGCAGAGGGACGCCGGUGUGGACCAGAACCAGCCCCGGGCCACGCUGGUACCCAGCCCGCUGCGCAUCGGCAUCAUCCCCGCGGGGUCGACGGACUGCGUGUGUUACUCGACAGUCGGCACAAACGACGCGGAGACCUCGGCUCUGCACAUCAUCGUGGGGGACUCGCUGUCCAUGGACGUGUCGGCUGUGCACCACAACAGCACGCUCCUGCGGUACUCGGUGUCCCUGCUGGGCUACGGCUUCUACGGGGACAUCAUCAAGGACAGUGAGAAGAAGCGGUGGAUGGGCCUCAUCAGAUACGACUUCUCAGGGUUGAAGACCUUCUUCUCCCAUCACUGCUACGAAGGCACAGUGUCCUUCCUGCCAGCUCAGCACACUGUGGGCUCCCCGAGGGACCGGAAACCCUGCCGUGCGGGGUGCUCCGUGUGCAGGCAGAGCAGGCAGCAGCUGGAGGAGGAGCAGAAGCGCUCGCUGUACGGCCUGGACGGCACGGAGGAGGUGGAGGAGUGGAAGGUCCUCUGCGGGCAGUUCCUGGCCAUCAACGCCACCAACAUGUCCUGCGCUUGUCCCCGGAGCCCCCAGGGCCUCUCCCCGGCCGCCCACCUGGGGGACGGCUCCUCCGACCUCAUCCUCAUCCGGAAGUGCUCCCGGUUCAACUUCCUGCGCUUUCUGGUCAGGCACACCAACCAGGGCGACCAGUUUGACUUCACUUUCGUGGAAGUCUAUCGCGUCAAGAAGUUCCAGUUUGUGUCGAAGCCAGCGGAGGACGAGGACAGCAGCGUGCUGGGCCGCGGGAAGAAGCGGCUGGGACAGCUGUGCAGCGAGCACCCCAGUGCCUGCUGCUGCCACGCCUCCAGCAGCACCUGGAACUGCGAUGGGGAGGUGCUCAGCAGCCCGGCCAUCGAGGUCAGGGUCCACUGCCAGCUGGUCCGGCUCUUCGCACGAGGAAUCGAAGAGAGCCCCAAGCAGGAGUCCCGCGGCUGA